AGCGCCAGGCGGCGGUGGCGGCGGCGGCGGAGGGGACCCGUCCACCGAGCUCGGCCAUGGCAGCCUCCUGCAAGCGGAUCGCCAUCUUCGGGGCCACCGGCAUGACCGGCUCGGCCACCCUGGCGCAGGCCCUCGAGGCCGGCUACCAGGUGACGGUGCUGGUGCGGGACCCCGUCCGCCUCCCCCCGGAGCUCCAGCCGGCACACGUCAUCGUGGGGGACGUGCUGAACCCGGAGGACGUCGACCGGGCUGUGAAGGGCCAAGACGCCGUGAUCGUCAUUCUGGGCACCCGCAACGACCUGAGCCCCACCAACAUGAUGUCUGAGGGCACCCGGAACAUCGUGGAAGCCAUGAAGGCCCACGGGAUCCGCAAGGUGGUGGUCUGUCUCUCAGCGUUCCUGAUGUGGGAUCUGGAGAAGGUCCCUGCCAAGUUGCGGCCGCUGACCGAGGACCACAUACGAAUGCAGCAGAUCCUGAAGGAGUCGGGGCUGGACUGCGUCUACGUGAUGCCCCCCCACAUUGCAGGGGACCAGCCGCUCACAGGGGACUACACGGUGACCGUGGACUCGUCGGGGGGCUCCCGAGUCAUCUCCAAGCACGACCUUGGGCACUUCUUCCUCAAGUGCCUGACCACCGCCGAGUAUGAUGGGAAAAACGUCUACCUGUCGAGGCAUUACCCCAAGGAGUAGUGCCACAGCCGCCCCCGCCUUCCUCUAACCGGGAUGGAGACUGGAGAGCGGUCUCCUUAGCAGAGGGGGGAACUCUUAACUUUCUGCUGUGGCCUGUCCAGCCGUCCGCUUCCCCCCCAGCCCUUGGCCUUUCCACCUUGGGAGUGUCUUGUGGCUGCAAAACCUCACUGCGUGGUGCUGUGGCCCAGCAGUGGCUCCCGUCCGGCCUCACGCAGAGCGCCUUCCCUGCUUGCCUUGGGGAGCUGGCUGCCUGCAGCUCUCAUCUACCCCCCCUCCCUUUCUGUCCCUGUCCCCCC